AUGUCCCCACAUGUCCCCACACGUCCCCUGUCCCCAGAGCCGUACCGGCAGCGGGUGCAGUUCUCGCGCACGUCCAUCCGCUUCCAGUCGGUGACGCGGGAGGACAGCGGGCGCUACAUCUGCGAGGUGGUGGGGGAUGGGAACCACAUCUCCAAGAGCGAGGUCAACCUCAUCGUGCAGGUGCCCCCGGGGAAGCCGCUCGCCCACGUGCCCAGCUCGGCCACGGUGGGGGCGCGGGCGGUGCUGCGCUGCUCGGAGGGGCAGGGCUCGCCCCCGCCCACCUUCCGCUGGUACAAGGACGGCACCGAGCUGCCGCAGGACCCCAAAUCCAGCCCCGCCUUCCGCAACUCCUCCUACAGCCUGGACCCGCGCUCGGGGGAGCUGGUUUUUGAGCCGGUGGGGGGCUGGGACACGGGCGAUUAUCACUGCGAGGCCUCCAACAACGUGGGGACCCCCCAGAAAUCCGACGUGUUCCGCAUGGAGGCCAGUAAGGAUCGAUCCUGAUCCCGAUCCUGUCCUGAUCCUGAUCCUGAU